CUGUACUGCCUUGAUGUCCCGAUCCAAUUUAAACGACUUGUCCCCCAGAUCCAGCGGAUCUAUUUCUCUAUUUCUGCAGGUACCCUAUGCGAAGGAAUGUGAUUAUAUCAGUCUACCGUGGGUAUUCAUUACGAGAACUGACCGUUGCCACUGCUUUAUUGCUUCACUGGCUUCCUUUGUUAAGGACGCGUCUCUGGCAGUGUCCCGCUGGGUAGUUCUUUCCCCCCUUCUCAAUCUUGGUCAGUAGCAGUGCGAGCUAUCGCUUCCGUGCCAGCAGUCUUCGGUUUCAACGAGCAACUCGUCCAAGAAAUAUGAUUCCUACUUCGAACGUCACUGACCUAUCGCUCAAGUAUCCCGAUGACGAGUCAGAGAAGAAAGUCUAUCUUCAAGCGCGAGGCCCAAUAUCGGGCUCGCUGCAUACACCACGUCACGUCUGGAUUUUCUGGGACAACGGAGGCUCGUCCACAGCUGGCUCAAACAUAUUGAUUCACCAAAUCAUCCAGCUGGAGAGGUGGGGAGAUAGGUUCUACUACGUUGAGCCCAACAUCAAACAGCGUGUCAGGGACAAGGCCCAGGAAUCACAAACUUACGAGCUUGGCACGUUCACACGAGAUCAGAGGGAGAAAAUGCUGGAGUUGGCGGCUGAUAUACAGUUCAAUGAGCGGUCACUUCAUAACGGAUGCCGUGUAUGGACGAGAAAGCUUCUAGGCGCCAUGGUCAACGAAGGACUGCUUGACCGAAUGGAUUUCGUAGCAUUGAUAGACCUUAUUCCUCUACCUUAUGAGCAGCCUGAAUAUUUCUACUAGGCAUGUCUUAUGUGAACAUUUUCAUGGGCGAUA